GGUUCUCUCGUCUCAACGCUUAUAACCAUUGAAAUCGAUGACCUAAUUUCCUCUGAAACAAUUCGUCAACUGCAUAAUCCACGUCGUAACUCGGUUUUUUCUCUCUUCUGUAUUACGAUUACGAGGUUGAUUGAGAAUCCAUCAAGAGAACCGGAGUUCGAAGCAUAAUUCUGCAAAAUAACCGAGGAACGAUUCACGUUUCCGCUGCUUUAGUCAUCUUGGGUUUCGUUCGGAGCAUAAUUCGUAUUUGAGGUUGUCAUCGUCUGUGUCUAGGGUUCGUCUUAGGGUUUGUUGUUAUUUUAGAGAUAAAAAGCAAGUGCAGAUAGCGUUGUAAUCCUCUCUUGAUCAAUUUAUAGUGGAAUUAUCUGCGGUUCUUAUUUAUUCUUUUCGUUAUGAGUUUGUUGUAGCGGGAGCAAAUGGAAUGAAUUAUUUCAGAUGAUCUGAACUAUCGGAACUCAAGAAUACUGUACAAUUAACUAUUAUUUCAUUUUCUUCUUUGUGAUUUUCUUCUUUUUCUUUCCCUUCUUAAUAAUCUUCUUUAUAGAAAUUAGAAACUCCUCUUUGAUAUUGGAGAAUUGUAAGGCACCGCCUUUAAUUGAGGACGUAAUAAGAACAUAUUUGAUAAACCAAAUUAAAAAAAAAAACCCGAAAAGAAAAGAAAUAAAAGCUUAAUGGGGAGUCCUGGAUCGAAUGUCCGGAAUAACGGACGGCAUCUCGGUGUCACGGAACCGAUAUCUUUGGGGGGUCCGACUGAGUUCGAUGUGAUCAAGACUCGUGAACUUGAAAAGUUUCUAGCGGAAGCGGGUUUGUAUGAAAGUCAGGAAGAAGCUGUAUCUCGGGAAGAAGUGCUUGGGAGCUUGGACCAGGUUGUGAAGAAAUGGAUAAAAGCGGUUAGUCGAGCCAAGGGAUUCAAUGAGCAGCUGGUCCAAGAAGCAAAUGCUAAGAUAUUCACCUUUGGUUCUUAUCGCCUAGGGGUUCAUGGCCCUGGUGCAGAUGUAGAUACACUCUGUGUGGGACCUAGACAUGCAACAAGAGAAGAGGAUUUCUUUGUUGAGCUUCAUAAGAUGUUGGCAGAGAUGCCUGAAGUAACAGAGUUGCACCCUGUUCCUGAUGCUCAUGUCCCUGUGAUGAAGUUCAAAUUCAAUGGGGUUUCCAUAGACCUUCUUUAUGCAAAGCUCUCCCUUUGGGUUAUUCCUGAAGACUUAGAUAUUUCACAAGACAGUAUAUUACAGAAUGCAGAUGAACAGACAGUUCGUAGUCUCAAUGGAUGCAGAGUGACUGAUCGGAUUCUGCGUUUGGUACCAAAUAUUCAGAAUUUCCGUACAACACUAAGAUGCAUGAGGUUUUGGGCAAAACGCCGUGGAGUCUAUUCAAAUGUGGCAGGGUUUCUUGGUGGUAUAAACUGGGCAUUGCUUGUUGCUCGUAUAUGCCAGCUAUACCCAAAUGCACUACCAAGUAUGUUGGUUUCUCGUUUCUUCAGGGUUUUUGCCCAGUGGCGUUGGCCAAAUCCAGUCAUGCUGUGUGCCAUAGAAGAAGGAUCUUUGGGUCUUCCUGUUUGGGAUCCAAGAAAAAAUUACCGUGACAGGCUUCAUCAGAUGCCCAUAAUUACUCCUGCUUAUCCUUGCAUGAACUCCAGCUACAAUGUUUCAUCGAGUACAUUGCGUGUUAUACAGGAGUUCCAGAGAGGAAAUGAAAUUUGUGAGCCAAUGGAGAAAAACAAGGCUGACUGGAAUGCUCUCUUUGAGCCUUACCCUUUCUUUGAAGCAUAUAAGAAUUACCUGCAGAUUGACAUCAGUGCUGAGAACGACGAUGACUUGAGGAAGUGGAAAGGUUGGGUUGAAUCCCGACUUCGGCAGCUUACAUUAAAGAUUGAGAGACAUACAUUUGGAAUGCUUCAAUGCCAUCCGCAUCCUGGUGACUUCUCAGACAAAUCAAGACCAUUCCACUGUAGUUACUUCAUGGGCCUUUCAAGAAAACAAGGUGUUUCUGUGCAUGAAGGGAAGCAAUUUGAUAUUAGGGCAACUGUAGAGGAGUUCAAGCUUUCUGUUGGUAUGUACACUUUAUGGAAACCUAGAAUGGAGAUCCAUGUGUCUCAUAUAAAGCGAAGGAACAUUCCUCUCUUUGUCUUUCCUGGUGGAAUUCGCCCUUCCCGUCCUGCUAAAGAAGAUGGGGAGAGUAAGCCAGUUUCAAAUCUGAAGCUUUGCAACUCUGUUCAAGCUAGCAAAUCAUGUGAAAGUGCAGUAGGUGCCAUGGGUGUAGCAGAUGAUAUAAGAAAGAGAAAAUUGGGCUAUGACAAUGAUGAAAAUAAUCCAAGAGCUGCCAAACUUUUGUCAGUAACUACUACUGAAGGAUCUGUAAGUCGUAGCUCACCCACUGCUAGUACCUGCACUACUGCUACGUUUUAUGAUGCACCAUCUGAGGUAAGAGAAAGAGGACAGCAUGAAAAUAAUUUAGGGGACAGCCCAAUAAGUGCUACAUGUCUCACUGGGGUUCCUUCUCAUGGUGGUGAAGCUGAGGGAUCUGUUAGAUGCAGCCCACUGGUUAAACCUUCCUCUACUAAUUCUGAUUUGGUAUGCUCCAAGGAGGCAGAAAAGCUUGCAAUCGAGAAGAUUGCUUCUGGUCCAUCCGUUAGUCAGCAGGGUUUCCUAGAGGAGCUUGAUGAACUAGAAGAUGAUAUUGGAUCAACUGAUCAAGUUAAAGUAUUUGGAGUGAGCAGGAAAGGCAUCUCCUCCGAAUCUUUGGCAGAAAAUGUUAGAGCUGCAGCAGUAAAUGGAAUAUGUUCACCAGCUGGAUUUAUUCAGAAUGGAGGCUUGGAGGAGCUUGAGGUUGAGCCUGACAUCUGUGGCGACAACUACCAGAAAAAGCACAUGAAACUAAGACAUGUAGCUGGAUGAGUUUUUCUACUUGUCUUUAUACAUGGUCAGCCACUGUAAAUUCUUCUUUUUUAUUUAUUUAUUUUCUUUUUUUCCUCUUUUUUUUUCACUUUUAAUAUUUUCUUGUAAUGCCCACGUCCACAUAUGAUAGAGGUGCACUUCCUCCUACUGAGAACUGUCGAGGAAUCCCUCUUGAGGGCCGUGGGGUAAGUGUUUUAACCUGUAAAAAAAACCGGCAGUCAAUUCUUAAUGGAGGUCUUCCUUGAGUUGGCGGUUGGUGA